UGCAUAAAUAAAUAUCUUAUUCUUCAGAGCGGGUUCUGUAGCAGAAGAUAACUGCCGGAGGCACCGCCUUCUUAUCUGUUCCCGCUUCUUCAUCCUCGCCUGCAAAAACCCCGCCACAGAAAAAGAGAUGCAGACCUCAAUCUGCUCGCCCUCUUCAUCUUCUUCUCUCGCCAUUUUGAAGCUUAACCAGAAUCCUCUUCUAGGUCACACUGUUUCUCCCCGUUUUCCCCUAAAAAGAAGACCCGCUUCCACUACCCGAGCACGUCUAUCCGCCCAUAGGGAAUCAGUGUUGAAGGAUUUUCAGGAUCGACGAGCUCUCAAGAUUAUUUCAGGUUUGCAGAAUCUGGACAGGGAAAAUGUGGCUUCAGUAGUCACUGCAGCAGAUAAGGGAGGAGCAACUCAUGUGGAUAUAGCUUGUGACGCGGAGUUAGUGAAGCUUGCUACUAGUUUAACUACUCUUCCAGUUUGUGUUUCUUCUGUGGAUCCUGCACAAUUCUUACCUGCUGUUGAAGCUGGAGCAUUAAUGGUUGAAAUCGGAAACUACGAUUCGUUUUACGAGGCAGGAAUAGUUUUCUCUGCAGAUCAGAUACUAAAUCUAACAAAAGAAACUAGGAGAUUAUUGCCAUCUGUCGUCUUAUCGGUCACUGUGCCCCACACACUUGGGCUUCCUGAUCAGGUCAAGCUGGCAGAGUUGCUGGAACAGGAAGGUGCUGACAUUAUACAAACUGAAGGAGGAAAAUGUUCUCAUCCUUCAAAGUCUGGUGUGCUUGGCUUGAUUGAGAAGGCAGCUCCCACAUUAGCAGCAGCAUACUCAGUCUCAAGGGCUGUAAAGAUUCCCGUCAUGUGUUCAUCUGGAUUAAGUUCUGUCACAGCACCUAUGGCUAUCACAGCUGGGGCCGCAGGCGUGGGCGUGGGAUCAGCAGUUAACAAGCUCAAUGAUGUAGUAGCAAUGAUUGCAGAGGUUAGGAGCAUUGCGGAUUCAUUGGCACCAUCAGCUGCCAGGCUAAGCAGACCCGAUGGCGCGUUUUUGAAAAUGUAGAUCUAUGGUUUUCUUGGGCAUAUGGGAAUAUUAGCUUGGCCUCACCUGGGAACGGUAGGAAAACCUUUGCCUUCUAAAUUAAGAUCCAUAUGUUUGGCUUUUAUCAUAACAUGCUUUUUGAUAAGGUUCCAAAGGAUGUUUCCUAUUGCCUCCUCUCAUGUUAGUAGACACAAUAAUUUAAUAAAAAUGUCUAGUUUUGGAA